AUGGUAUAUCUCCAUAGCUCAAUCUCGGUCUGCAAUUCCGUCGACCAAGCUCCUACAUUGAUCAUGGCGAACUCAGUUAACUCAUCAGAUUUGCAGACAAAAUCAAGGACAAGCCGAAGAUCUUACACAUCAUCAUCAUCACCAACAUGUUCCAAAUUCCCUGUCUGCGACGGAUCUCAAUCGGCUGCAAUCGAUGUCGUGAUUCUUAUCGCGGUGAUCAUGGCUUGUGGAUUCUUGUUCUUCCCUUACGUCAAACUCAUUACCCUCAAAUCGAUUGAGAUCUUUGCGGAGAUUUCUGUUUUAGUCAAAGAAGAGAUUUUGCAGAAUCCGGUCGUGUAUGGAUCAUUAGCUUUGAGCAUUUUCUGCGCUGCGAUCUCUACUUGGCUUGUUAUACUCUUAUGUACGAUGCAGAGAUGCGGGAAACCGAAUUGUAAAGGGCUUAGGAAAGCUGUUGAGUUUGAUAUUCAGCUAGAGACAGAGGAAUGCGUGAAGAGCUCCAAUAACAAUGGGAAGAACAACAAGAAGGGGAUGUUUGAGUUGCCUCGUGUCCAUCACCGUGAAUUGGAAGCCGAGCUGAAGAAAAUGGCACCGCCUAAUGGGCGAGCAGUGCUGGUUUUUAGAGCGAGGUGUGGUUGUUCUGUAAGGAGAUUAGUGGUUUCAGGGCCAAAGAAACAACAGAGGAAGAUCAAGAAAUGA